AUGUACACAACCUCUUAAAUAAUUGUGUAUGCAAUUGUUGAUUAUAAUAACCAGCUUUAUAAUAUUUAAAUUGUUUAUAAGUUGUAUAAAAAAUAAUGGAGAUUGACACAAGUGAAGAAGUAGCUGACAAUUGUCCAACAAUAACCAUCAAUGAUUUUGCUCGACACGAACAGAUAGUCGUGGACAUUGAGGAUGUUGAGGAUGUUGAGGAUGAUGAUGAUGAUAAUGAUAUACCAAAAAAAUCAAAGGAUGCAUAUUUAAGAACAUACAAUAAUUUACAAACGUGGAAAAAAUCAAAUAACAUCACAGGUUGGUCAGAAGAUGUGUUACUAUUGUAUUUUGAAGAUGUUAAAAAAAUAUAUUCACCAAUUACACUGAAAGCAAUAUUUACUAGACUCAAAAUAACAAUUAAAAAAUAUCAUACAAUUGACAUUGGUCAUUAUGAACAAGUCAUGCAUUUUUUAAAACAAAAUGAACUAGGCUAUAAGCCAAAAAAAUCAUCAGUUUUUAAAGUAAAUGAAAUUAAAAAAUUCAUUGACACAGCUCCAGAUUAUUUAUAUUUAGCUCAUAAAGUUGGAAUGAUAUUGGGUGUAACUGGUGUUUGUCGAGGAACUGAUUUAUGGGCAUUAGAACUUAAAAAUAUAAAAUAUUUUGGAAAUAAUAAAUUAACAAUAACACUAUUCAACAAGGUAAAUCAAACUAAUCGUGUGUUUACACACAAAGGAGUAUGGAGUAACAACAUUAAAAAAUAUGUUGACUUACGUCCACAAAAUACAGAUACAUCAAGAUUAUUUUUAAAUUAUCAACAUGGAAAAUGCACAAAGCAACCAAUUGGUAAAAAUAAAAUUUCCAAGUGGCCAUGUCAAAUAGCUAAAUUCUUAAAAUUAGAAAAACCAGAAAUGUAUACAGGACAUGGUAUUCGUUCAACAAGUACUUCGUUAUUUGCAAAACGUAUUAAACAUAUUGGAAGCCAAAAAAAUUCUAAAAUAGCUUGUAUUCAAAGUUCUACUGGAAAACGUAAUUCUUUUUCAUCACCAACAUCACCAACAUCACCAACGACAUCAUCAUCAAAUAUUUAUCAAAAAAUUGUUGUACAAACAACACCAGUUGUUAAGGAUGAGAAUCUAAAAAUUAAUGAAACAAUUACCAACACAAAUAUUGACAGUCUAGAUGUUGAUCCAUUAAAUAUAAGUGAUUUAACACCACCAACACCAACACCAUCAUCAUCGUCAUCAUCAUCACAAUGUCAUGAUAAUUUUUCAACAUCAAUACCAACUUCACAAGAAACAAAUUAUCACUUUUCAAAGUGCAAUAAUUACUUUUCUGAUGAAACAAAUAGAGAAGAGUCAAAUACUUUGAAUGAUAAUCAAUUAAUAAAAUUAAUAUCUUCAGCAGAAUUAACAGAAAUCAAAGAUGAGCUUUGUGAUGAUAUUACAAUUAUUGAAAAUGAUAAUAAUUCAUCAGAAAAUAUCGUAAAUACUUUAUCAACAAAUUGUUCUGAAAAAAUUGAUGAAAUUCAAAAUAAUGUUACGACAAUUAAAAAAACAACACAAUCAUUAAUAAAUGAUAUAAUAACUGACAAACAAACAAAUAAAAAUGAUGAUGAUGAUAAUAAUUAUGCCAAAAAAGAGCAUGAAAUAAAAUUAAAAAUUUUAAAUCUUCAGCUUGAAAGAGCUGAAAUUCAAUUGCAAACAGCACGUAAUGAUUUAAAUUAUUCAGAAAUUAAUAUCAAGCUAAUUAAAGCCAAGGCUAAUAAUUAUUCAUUGUAAUUAAAUUAUUUUUUUAUUUAUUGUAUUAUUAGCUACUAGCAUAUUUACUUUGUACCAGAAACAACCAUAAAUAAAAAUUCAGGAAAAUUUCAA